AAUUAAAUCCCGACCUUAGCUCAGUUGGCAGAGCGGAAGACUGUAGUUGUGAUGCAGAUAAUCUUUAGGUCGCUGGUUCGAUUCCGGCAGGUCGGAUUUUUUUUUUGCAAUUUUUCAUGUGAGAUUUCAUUUCUUGCGAUUUUUCAUGUGGUUUGCGUAAAUCGUCUCCCUUUCAAUCUGCUUUCUGCUGUGGGAAUUUGUGAGGUGUAAAGAUGGUUGUUCUUGCAGCUUCUAUCAUCAGUAAAUCUGGCAAAGCUCUUGUGUCCAGGCAAUUUGUGGGCAUGUCCCGCACAAGAAUUGAAAGCCUUCUUGCUGCAUUUCCCAAGUUGGUUGGAAUAGGAAAGCAGCAUACGUAUGUGGAGACUGAAAAUGUCCGAUAUGUUUACCAGCCGAUUGAAGCUCUGUAUCUGCUUGUUGUUACAAACAAGCAGAGUAAUAUUUUGGAAGACUUGGAAACUCUAAGGAUGCUUUCUAAGCUAGUACCAGAAUAUGCUUUUUCUUUGGAUGAAGAAGGAAUAUGUAGAGCAUCGUUCGAGCUCAUUUUUGCCUUUGAUGAAAUUAUUUCUCUCGGGCACAAGGAAAAUGUCACUGUUGCACAGGUAAAGCAGUAUUGUGAGAUGGAAAGUCAUGAGGAGAAAUUGCACAAGCUGGUGAUAGCAAGCAAAAUCAAUGAAACCAAGGAUAUCAUGAAACGCAAAGCUGGUGAAAUUGAGAAAAACAAGAUGGAAAAGAAUAGGGCUGAUAAAGGUGGAUACAUGUCGUCAAUGGGAUCUGAAAGACUUGAAAGUACCUUUGGUGACAUGAGCAUAUCUAGCAGCACCAGUGGUUUUGGUAAUGAUUCUGGAUUUGGGAUGUCGACUAAUCUGGAUUCCUUCCCAAGCAAGUCGAAAGCAUCAGCUCGUCCAGCUUCAGCUGUCAGUGCUCCGUCUAAGGGUCUUGGCAUGAAGCUUGGUAAAACACAAGGGACAAACAAAUUCUUGGAAUCCUUGAAAGCAGAAGGUGAAAUGAUUGUAGAGGAUGUCCCACCAACUUUAAGCAAGUCUAAAGCUGCUGCUCCACCACUAACCGAUCCCCUAACAUUGACUGUGGAGGAGAAGCUCAAUGUGACGCUCAAACGAGAAGGCGGUCUUAGUAACUUCGACGUUCAAGGGACUUUGUCACUUCAGAUACUUGAGGAGAAGGAUGCUUAUGUCCAAGUUCAGGUUGAGUCUGGUGGUAAUCCUAGUGUAUUGUUCAAAACGCAUCCUAACAUCAACAAGGAGUUGUAUUCAAAUGAAAGUAUAUUGGGUCUAAAAGAUCCUAACAGGCCUUUUCCCAGUGGCCAAGGAGAUGGUGUUGGGCUUCUAAGAUGGCGAAUGCAGAGCACAGAUGAAUCAGUUGUUCCAUUGACAAUCAAUUGUUGGCCUUCUGUCUCUGGAAGCGACACCUACGUCAGCAUUGAGUACGAAGCUUCGUCAAUGUUUGAUCUACAAAAUGUUGUUGUCUCUGUACCCCUCCCUGCUCUUAGAGAGGCUCCAAAUGUAACACAAAUCGAGGGGGACUGGAAGUAUGAUCCCAGGAAUUCUGUUUUGGAAUGGUCCCUUGUUCUGAUUGACGACUCUAAUCGCAGUGGGGCUCUGGAGUUUGUUGUACCUGCUGCUGAGUCAUCAGCCUUCUUCCCCAUUUCUGUGCGAUUCACUGCCACAAAUACAUUCAGUGACCUAAAGGUUGUCAACAUCUUGCCUCUAAGAGGUGGAUCUCCUACAAAAUUUACCCAGAGAAUCCAGCUCUACACAGAAAAUUACCAAGUGGUCUGAUGGAAGCACUAUAGUGGACUGACAUCAUUUAUAACGGUAAGGAAAAAAGGAGGAAUUAGGAAACCUUCCCCACGAGAGGAACUCCUAAUAUCUUGUAGUACAAGGAUAAAUUUAAGAUAGGAGAACUACAUGCUUCGAUGAAAAAACUAGAAUCCACUUAAUGCCAUAUGCAUUGUAUUGUUUUGUUUGUGGACCUUGGCGUCUGAAUGGAAAUCUUUCUUUACCUUCUUUAGUUACGGCAUAUUUAGUUAAAUUGUUGAAAUCGGAUUUCGUUCUUUUUGUUGUCACCUAAUAUUGUCGAGGAUUGGUUUAUAAAGCUUUUUCUAGGAAUUGGAGGCA